AUGGGUAAAAGAGAAAUACAAAGCUUUAUCAGAUGGGCACUGGUUCUCACUCUCUGUCUUUUAACUCUGUGGGGACGGCUAACAGCAGCAUCAACACAUCACAGAAUCCAUUCAGUGCAUGUGGAGCCUGGCACUUGUGAAGUAAUUGCUGCCCACAGAUGUUGCAAUAAAAACAAGAUUGAGGAACGGUCGCAAACAGUAAAAUGUUCCUGUUUUCCUGGACAAGUUGCAGGGACCACAAGAGCAGCUCCCUCAUGUGUAGAUGCUUCUAUAGUUAUCCAGAAAUGGUGGUGUCAGAUGCAGCCAUGUUUAGAAGGGGAAGACUGUAAAGUUCUACCAGAUCUAUCUGGAUGGAGCUGUAGUACCGGAAACAAAGUAAAAACAACAAAGGUAUUGAAAGUCUAUUCCAUUAAUCAACCACCCUUAUGUUAA